AUGAGGAUUCAAAUUCUCCUAACUCUUUUAAUAAUUUCUAUCAAUUAUGUUUGUGCUGAGAAUGAAAGCCGAUCUUCGAUACUUCCCGAUGCUGUUGAAGAAUAUUUAUCAACAAGAGUUUCAAGAGGUACUGCGAAUUACAUUUUGGAACGAGAUGAAGACAAUUUUCAAACUACUUAUGAAGUGAAAGAUUUUUUGGAUGAAUUUUUGAAAAAGAAAUUUACAAUUCCAAAGAUUGGCAUUCGAAUUGAAACUUUUGCAGUUCCAACAGAACGUAAAAGAGUUUUUCGAAUAUUUAUUGUAUCUUCUUAUGAAGGAUUAACCAGGAUGUUUAAUGAGAGAUCAUUGAAGGAUAUUCUACUUAAUGGACAUUUCUUAAUAAUAUUACCAAAAUGCGAAAAUCAUGAUUUUGAGAAAUUUUUCGAUUUUCUAUGGAAUUUGAGAAUUGUUAAUGUCAACAUAAUUUGCGCAAAAACAAACCAAUCAGUUUCAGUGUUUUCUUUCAUGCCCUUCACACAAAAUAAUUGCCGAGACACCAAACCAAUUCUCAUUAAUCAAUAUCAAAACGGAAAAUUUAUUAAACCAUCGAAUUUCUUUGAUCCUUUGAAGAUCAAAGACAUGAAAGGCUGUCCGGUACGAGUGGCUCUAACAAACAAGUUUGGUGCAGUUUCUUAUUCUGCAACUGACAAAAAUAAGAAAAGAAUAAGCAAACCAAUUAUCAAACUUAUCUCAACUUUGUCUGAGGCAUUAAAUUUCAAACUGAAUUUUACUUACAUGGGCUAUAAAGGAUUUUUUUUUGAAAAUGGAACAUCAGAAGGGCCAUUGAGAGUUUUGUUAGACGAAAAUGCUGAUUUGGCCGUAGGAAAUUGGUGGCUUAAAACAAAUCGCUUGAAAUUCUUCAGUAGCACAGUUUCAUAUGCUCAACAACCGUUGAUUUUUGUUGUCCCACCAGGAAAACCAGUGACACAUUUGGAAAGACUCAUCUCAGCUUUCAGUCUUCAAUCUUGGCUCUGUAUCGGAUUAUUUUACCUGAUCGGAAGUUUAGUGAUAUUAUUUGUUCAGUUGAAAUCUCCUUGCGUUCAAGAAUUUGUUUUUGGGGCUGGCCUGACAAGUCCAAUGUUUAGAAUNCAUGCCAUUCACAAAAAAUAA